AUGCAGUACUCCCUGCUUUCCGUUCUCUCCUUUGCCACCGUCGUCUACGGACACGGUCAUGUGCUCAGCCCCCAGGCCAGGGUGGCAGGCGCCGGCUUUGGCCAAAACUGCGGCCAGCAGAUGCUGUCCAUCGAGAGCUCGGACCGGAACAGCAACAUCCAGAACCUCCAACAGCAGGCCAAGUCCGACUUUGACCCGAAGAAGUGCAACCUGGAGCUGUGCAAGGGCAUCCCGUUCUCAGACGUCAAGUCGGGCGAUGUGCAAAAGUACACGGCGGGCCAGACCGUGGAUUUCAAGGUGCAGAUCGCCGCGCCGCACACGGGUGUCGCAAACGUCUCGGUCAUCGACACGACCACCAACACCAUGAUCGGGAAGCCGCUCAUCCAGUUCACAAACUACGCCUCGACCUCCACGGGCGUCGCAAAGAACAACACCGACUUCAGCGUCACCAUCCCGAAUGACCUGUCGGUCUGCACCACCGCCGGAGUCUGUGUGCUGCAGUGGUGGUGGGAUGCCCCUGAUAUCAAGCAAACUUAUAUCAGCUGCGUCGACUUUACCACUGGCUCUGGUGGCUCUGGAUCGGGAUCGGGAUCUGGCGCUGGAUCUGGCUCUGGCGCCGGCUCCAACAACGCAACUGCUAGCGGUACCGGUGCCCAGGCUAACGCCGCCAGUCCCAGCCAGUCGUGCAACUAG